CUGGCACCCAUAAAAAAAAAAAAAAACAAUUUAUAUAUUUCAAACCUCCCCACUUCUCUCCCAUUCAUAAUUCAUAAUACCUUAUUCUUUUUUUGUUUGUUUUUCAUCUCUCUAAAAAUCUCUCUUGCGCCAAUACUUUCAUUUCAUUGUUGCCCACAUUGGCUCUUCUUCUCUAAAGUUUUCCAUAACAAUUUGCCUGUGAAUUUCGACUUCCGUUUUUUCUAGUCGUAAAGGGUAUUUUUUUUGGUCCCUGAAUUUGUCAGGCGUCUAUUUUUGUUAAUCAUUGGGUUUAAUUGAGGGUUGUUUGGUUUAUUAUACAUUUGUUUGUUUACGGAAAUUUGUAUGUGCUAAUACUUGAAUUAUGGGAAGGAAAAAUAGAGGAACAACGAAGAGGAGGGUCAGAAGAAUUGGAAACUAUGCGAUUGCAUCGUCAAUUGAUGAGCCCAAUUCAAUUUCUUGUACCACCUUCAAUAUUCUCGCACCCAUUUAUAAAAGACUCAAUCAUGAGGACCAGAGUUGCAGAGAAAGCGAUUACAAGGCAAAUUGGUUGAGCAGGAAUAAUAGGAUAUUGGAUUGGUUGUUGUUUGAGAGGUCUUCCAUUAUUUGUCUUCAGGAAGUUUGGGUUGGGAAUGAAGAACUUGUUGGUAUGUAUGACAAGAGGCUAGGAGAUGCCAGAUAUAUCAAUUUCAAGCUUGCACGAACCAAUAAUCGCGGUGAUGGUCUGCUGACCGCUGUUCAUAAGGACUACUUCAGGGUUAUAGCCCACAGAGAGUUGCUUUUCAAUGAUUUUGGAGACCGUGUUGCUCAGCUAUUGCAUGUUGAACUAACUGCACCUUUCGCACAAUGUCGAACCAAUAAUGUUCGGCAAGAAAUGUUGAUAGUGAACACACACCUUUUGUUUCCUCAUGAUUCAAGUUUCUCUAUGGAACGACUGCGACAGGUCUACAAGAUAUUGCAAUAUGUGGAAUCAUAUCAGAAAGAAAAUAAACUUAACCCCUUGCCAAUCAUUCUGUGCGGCGACUGGAACGGGAGCAAGCGCGGCCAUGUUUACAAAUUCCUCCGAUCUCAAGGAUUUGUGUCAUCAUAUGAUACUGCUCACCAGUACACUGAUACUGAUGCUCAAAAGUGGGUGAGUCACCGUAAUCACCGCGGAAACAUCUGUGGUGUGGAUUUUAUAUGGCUUUUGAAUCCAAAUAGCUACAGAAAAUUGCUGAAAACAAGUUGGAGAAAUGCAAUUUUCAGUAUGUUCAAGUAUCAACUUCGUCGAGCCUCGUUGACUGAGAAAGAUGCAUUUGCUUUCCUUAAAGCUGACAGUGAUGGCGAUUACAUUACAUAUGAUGGGUUUUGUGAAGCACUCCGGCAGCUUAAUUUGAUUGGACAAUGCUAUGGGCUGAGUGCUGAGGAGAUAAAAGAUUUGUGGUUGCAAGCAGAUAUAGAUGGAAAUGGAGUUCUCGAUUACAAUGAGUUUCAGCAGCAUCGGGUAUGGAAUCCCUCACGGUCAGAGCAAAGAGAUGGAAUAAGCGAUGAUUCAUGGGACGACGUUGUUAGUGAUACAGAGGAAACAAUUGGUUUUAGUAUCAAGGAUGCAGUUCUCUUCCCCACAGAAGCCGAGAAAGGAACAUGGCCCGAAGAUUAUUCACUUUCUGAUCAUGCCAAACUUACUGUGGUAUUUUCGCCUGUAAGAAUGUUAUGCAGUCAAUUGUCCUGAUAGUUUCUUGAAUGUUGAUUGCCUUGAAACUGAAGUUAAGUAAAAAAGACUUGAGGGAUGUAGCCAGACUUCAGGAUUCUCAAAUUGCUUGCCUGAGUUCUCGAACUGGGAGACUUAUGUUUGGUUCCAACUGAGCUCUGCUGAAGAUUAUAAUACCAUCUUGGGGCACGUAGGGCUGCUGAGUGUUUUAGUACAAGAGCUUCUCACUUCUUUAGAAGAGUGUGGCAAAGUGGAGGCUGACGCCUUUAUGCUGGAGUUCAUUCAAAGUGGCUAUCCAUGUCGAUCAAUACCUACUCUAGCUCAGCGUACAUUACUAAUGAAAUGGACCUACAAAAACGAAAGGGUACCUCCGUAACCAGUUAUCCAUAAUAUCAAAUAAUCAUUUUCAUUUAUCUCUGGUCUAAAUGUCGUAGUGGGGUUCAUGUCACGGUAGCGGUGGAAGUACAUAGAGGAAGCAGGACAUGUAAAUAUUUAGCUUUAAAGAAAGAUGUAGUAGUUUAGAGUCGAUCUUCUUUGUAGUCGACUGAGCAUUUUGACAGCUGCUAUGUUCAGUCUGAUAUUAUCAUUACGUAAUACUCGUAAAAUGAUGUUUGUGCACUGGGUUUCUUUUUGUUGAUGCACUCCUUCAUAAAGUUUUACUUCUGCACAUAAGUAGCAGUUUUUGAAAUGUUAUUCUGGUCUUGGCAAAUAAAUGGGGAUUAUUCUGUCUCUUGAAUUGGUA